AUGAGUGCAAGACAGAGAAGGCCCGUGCCGGUGGCGACGACCACGGUGGACACCGAGACACCCGCUACCACCAACAAACGAACCCUCCAUUUCUUCCACCAGUUGGAGCCAUGGCAACAGGAUAAUCACUACAUCAAAAGUGGCUACGUGCCCCUGACCAACUCCUACUGGGGGUGUGCCAAACUGUUGCUUUACAUUCAUAACGAAACGGGCAAUAUCUACUCCCAUUUGAUCCCGGGACUGACGGCUUUUUUAGCUGUGUGUGCCUACCUCAAGUGGGGUUUGCCGCGGUAUCCGACCUACCUGGGAUGGUGGGAAGAAGCCACCUUCCUCAUGUUUGGGGCCGCAUGCUGGGGGUGUCUUUUCAUGCUGCUGACAUUCCACUGCUUAAAAGCCCACUCGCACAAAGUGCUGAAGUUUGGUAACCAGCUCGACUAUUUCGGCAUUGUCAUCUUGAUCACGUGUCUGCUUAUAUCGAUCAUGAACUUCAGUUACCGUCCCGAGCCCACCGUCAGAAACGGGUUCAAUUUCGUGUUUUUGGUGUUUGGGCUGAUUUGCACUUAUCUCACCCUCCACCCGGAAUUCUCUACCCCCAAGUACCGUCCGUUCCGCCUGUUUAUGUUUAUCAUAUUUGGCCUUUCUGGAGUGCUUCCCAUCUUGUGUGGCAUCUACUGGUACGGCGGUUCGGUGGCGUGGGAGCGGGCGCAAAUCAAGUGGCUCUUGCUCGAAGGGGCAUUCUACAUUGCCGGUGCUCUCUUAUACGCCGGUAGAAUUCCCGAGCGGUUCACUCACACUGACGACCCCCACGUCAAGGGUAAGUUUGAUAUUUGGGGCCACUCCCACCAGAUCUUCCACGUGAUGGUGGUCAUUGCUGCCUGGUGCCACUGGAAGGCGUUGGUGGGGUGCUACAACUACAUGCACCAAGUGCUUUUAGCCUCGCCAUGA